UAGCAAAAAUGGUAAAUGUUUACGCUGCAGUCUGAGAAGGGAGAAGGCUUACCUGGAUGAACCGUGCAAGAAAUCCGCUGGAAUCCUAUAUUUUGGAAUAGCAUCGAACCCCCAAAAGGCAGGUGGCGGGAUAAGUAGCCUUUCAACUAUGGCUACUACAAAUCAGAAGCUCCCAACUACUGAGAGGAUCGUAAAAAGUGUACCGUACCCGCCCACACGGAGGCUGCCUAUGAAAGAAGUCUUUGAUGCCCAGGGUUUUCCUCGACCAGACGUUUUAAAGCAACAUUUUGUCUUAGAGGGACGCUUACAAGAAGAUGUAGCACUUAGAAUAAUCAACAAGGGGGCAGAACUAUUAAGAAGAGAAUCAACAAUGCUAGAAAUAGAGGCACCAGUUACAGUAUGUGGAGAUAUUCAUGGCCAAUUCUACGACUUAAUGAAGUUGUUUGAAGUUGGUGGAAAUCCCGCAUCAACACGCUACCUGUUCCUAGGCGACUAUGUCGAUAGAGGAUACUUUAGUAUAGAGUGUGUGUUGUAUCUUUGGGCGUUAAAGUUGCUGUACCGUGACACAUUUUUCCUGUUACGAGGCAACCAUGAGUGCCGGCAUCUUACAGAGUAUUUCACAUUCAAGCAGGAGUGUAAAAUUAAAUAUACAGAGAGAGUGUACAAUGCGUGUAUGGAAGCAUUCGACUGCCUGCCCCUUGCAGCUCUUAUGAAUCAACAAUUCCUGUGCGUGCACGGAGGGCUAUCACCUGAAAUACAUACACUGGAGGAUAUCAGAAAUUUGGAUCGGUUCAAGGAACCCCCAGCCUUUGGGCCCAUGUGCGACAUCCUGUGGUCGGACCCACUGGAGGAGUUUGGCCAGGAACACACGUCAGAGCACUUCAGUCAUAACUCAGUCAGAGGCUGCUCCUACUUCUACAGCUACCCAGCUUGCUGUGAGUUCCUUCAACAGAACAACCUGCUGUCUAUAAUACGAGCACACGAAGCACAGGAUGCAGGGUAUCGCAUGUACAAGAAAAGUCAAGCAACAGGUUUCCCUGUACUCAUCACUCUUUUCUCGGCACCCAACUAUCUGGAUGUUUACAACAACAAAGCUGCUGUGUUGAAAUAUGAAAACAAUGUGAUGAACAUUCGGCAGUUCAACUGUUCGCCCCAUCCCUACUGGCUGCCCAACUUCAUGGAUGUCUUCACAUGGUCCUUGCCGUUUGUAGGAGAGAAGGUUACGGAGAUGUUGGUUAACAUCUUGAACAUCUGCUCAGAUGACGACCAAGAUGACAACGAAUGCACCCAGGAAGGUCGCGAGGAGAAUGCUGACCAGGCUAUCCACAAACGCAAUGCAUCCGUCAAAGUCAAUGCUGCCUCGGCUGCAGCACGCAAGGAAAUCAUCAGGAACAAGAUCAGAGCAAUUGGCAAAAUGGCACGAGUCUUCACUGUUCUCAGAGAAGAGAGUGAGACAGUGUUAACACUGAAGGGACUGACACCCACGGGUAUGCUACCAGCAGGCAUCCUGUCUGGAGGCAGAGAUACCCUCAAAAAUGCAAUGGAUUUUCACAAGAUCAGCGGCUUCGCUGAAGCCAAGGGCUUAGACAAGGUCAACGAGAGAAUGCCACCUCGCAAGGAUUCGCCCACACCCCCCAACAAUACAGGCCCCUCCCCUGCAUCAUAGACCAUGAUACCCAUUCAUCUUCCCUUAGAUCAGAGAAAGAAAGAGAAAACCAACCAAAUCACAACCCUUCUGUGCUGCAGAGAGAGUUAACAACCACAGACAAAGGUGAAAGCGAUGUGGAAUGUUGUUCAGGCUCUCAAAAGGUUAGGAUGGUAAUAUACAUAUAGGUUGUCACAAAGCUACGUGGGCUUGGUUGAAAGGGCAGUCCUCAUCUACAGUGUACAGAAUUCGGAACAGCAAAGUGUGUGGUAUGCCCCCGUGUACUUUAAAGGAACAAUGUAUAAAUUUUAAAUGAGUUUCAAAACCGAAAAUGUAACGUUUGUCUCUCUGCCAUUUGAUGUAAGACACGAAACCUAAUUAUAUACCUCUUGGUAACAGGACUUUUACUAUUCAGGGGGGGGGAGGAAGUGCACAGAAAGCCCAUCAAACAUGAAAGGUUUGGAACGAUGAUAUAUACUGUAAUUUUUGGAAUAUAAGCCGCGGCUCAUACAUUGAUUCUCACGCUGAAAAAUGUCUCUGUGGCUUAUACCCCGGGCGGCUUAUAUGGCAAACUUUGAAGGAUAAAGUCAGUAAGUGAAGCCGCGCCCGGGCCACGCAUAACACGUGCAGGUGGCGCACUUAUGUUUUCGUUGUUUGCCGUUUACAUCUGAAAAUCCAAACCUCGAAUAAUAAAAAUUCGAGUUGUCCAGAUUCGAAUUACAUUACAAAUGGAAUUACCUGAGUCACGGAGUCAGGAAACACAUACCGACUUGAUAUAUACGUAAUCUUAAACUUUAUCAUGUUUACUUGCCCUGUGGCAAGUUCUUUUAGUGAUUCUUUCCUGCUUUUUAUCCAAUCUCGUGUAUUUUUUGCAUACAAAUAAUCAUUUUACUAAGAUUGUUUUAUUGUUGACACCUAAGAUUCCUUUCUGCCGUUAAUAAAAAUCAACCGCUUCGCUUCAACAUGUUCAACGGUUUACCUUCGUGUGGCAGAUCUGUCAUCUUUUCAUCUAUUGUGUUCAGUGUGACAUGCUUCAGAAUUUCGGGGGGUUUUCCUGUGGUCACGUGGUUAUCGGAAAGAGUCAGUGAUUGGAUUGUCCACGAAUGGGUGUGUGGUAGCAAUCAGGCUAGUUGUAAAUUGGAUUUGCGUGAUAACAGUGGUGCCGCGUCUCGUGCAGCAUAUGUACAACACAAGUGGUUCCAAUGUGAUGACUCAAACUAAGGUCUUGCGGCAGAUUUUUCACACGUUUGCUUUCUACUUUUAUUAGGAUUGCAUGUGUAGCAAAACCAUUGACAUACUAUACAUGCUAUAUUGGCACUUCAGCACACAGCAAGAUGUUCUUCAUGGUUGAAUGUCAGCACUGUGGUGUGGGUUGUAUGGCAACUUUCAAUCUUAAUAUGCCGAUUUUACAUGCUGCGGCUUAUACACCAGGCGGCUUAUAUCCCAAAAAUUACAGAAACAGGUUUCUGACCAUAGCAUUUUGAAAAUCCUCAAAUUUCAGGAUCCCUAUAUCCCAAUUUUGGGUCUUGAGCACAAGUCCUUUCGUUAUGAAAUGGAUAUAUAUAUAUAUAUAUAUAUAUAUAUAUCCCUUCUGGAUCUCUCCUUGUAAUUGGGGAAACAGUUGCAAAAAAAUUAAAGGAGUUAUUGCCAAAGUUUCUGUGAAAUCAAACAGUGGGGAGAAGUGUGGCUACAUGUAGUAUUGUGAUGUUAUUGUGAAAUUGUCUGAAAUCACAAACACUAGAGAAGAGACUACUGACCAGGAACAAACAGGGAAAAAAAUUAUUACUGGACUAAAGUGCAAUUGAGAUGUGUUUCUGUGCAGGUGGAUGCAUACUAGGGAAAGUGUCGCCAUGACAACUGUCUCAGGUGCAUGAGUAGUAAAACGCUACUGUAACCCCCUCCUCUUUUGUACAUUGUGUAAGACAGAAUUCCUCUCUUCAUAUUGAUUACAAUCUAUAGGUAUUUACAUGUGAGAAUAAUGUAAACCAGUGGUUCUAACAGUUUUGAAUUAUGCUCUCUCUUUAAGCCUUAGAUAUUAGCUCUCUGAACUUUGGAAGCUGUGAUCUUUUUUUUCGUUUUUGAUGGUGGAAAAGGUGUUGACUGCAGCCUUAAAUGUGUAUGGAUGUACAAUAUGUAUACAGUCAAAUAUGGUCAUUCAAAUAGUGGGAAGCAUAGAUCUCUACUAUGCACAGGCAGAUUUCACUGAGGGUAAGAAUUAGCAGCUAAAGGUUGCAUGUCAAGCAUUUAGCUGGUUACCAGCCGAAGAGUGCAUGUCAUGCAUUGGGCUGGUUACCAGCUAAAGGGUGCAUGUCAAGCAUUUAGCUGGUUACCAGCCAAAGAGUGCAUGUCAUGCAUUAGGCUGGUUACCAGCUAAAGGGUGCAUGUCAAGCAUUUAGCUGGUUACCAGCCGAAGAGUGCAUGUCAUGCAUUAGGCUGGUUACUGGCUAAAGGGUGCAUGCCAUGUAUUGGGCUGGUUACCAGCCGAAGGAUACGUGUCAUGCACUAGGCUUUUGUAUGUUGAUUGUGACGAGAUAUGGAAAGGGGCUGCAACCACUGGGCUAGUGGAUUGAAUAGACCCAUGUGUUAAUUCUAGAUGAAUCCAUAAUGUUUGGACAUGGUCUGCCUUCUACCGGUAGUUGGUUCACAGUGAAAGAAGAUUUGGCAAAGUUGUCUGGUAAAUUGGCACUCACAGCUGCGGUUGGGUAGGGUGUUUAGUUGUGCAAAUAAUUCAAUUCACAGCUUGAAAACUUGGCGUAGUGAUUUUGCCAAGAGGAAGACUACUUCUGUACAGAAAUCAGUGAUAUACAGCCUGGUAUCAAAGCACAUAUUUCAUUAUGUGUGUAUUUCUCCUUGGAGUGAAAGAAGGAAUUAAUUUCUCAUCAGUGAAGCAGAUGUCUUUGUACGGAUUAUUUUGGCUAUGCCGGUCAUAGCUGCAUUUUAUGAUUCCUGACUUGUUGAAGUGGUUGUCUGGAAUUGCCUGGGUACGAUAAAACAAAGAUGUCUCACUUGUGCAGCUGCUUUCAGCUUUCCAAUUUACUAGGGAAGAAGUUUGCUUGCUCAAGAUGCAAUGUAGAAAGUGAACAGAUGUAUAGCAUUCUUGUGGGUCAACGGUAAAGUACAGAUAUUGCUCAUUUUUGGCUUCUAUUUGUAGAAAGAUUCAGGCUGUGUUUAUGACUAAAGAUCAGUUUAGCUUCAAAGGGAUUGUUGGUGAAUUCUGCGUAAGUUUUUGCCAAGAGCUGUGGUUGUAACAUGGUCUGUUUAUGCUUACAUAUAUUUGAUCUUGGGAGAUACCUUUUGAAUAUCCUUGCCCACAAUAGGCUGGUACCUAUGACAUAAUGGUUCAGUGUUGGUAUUGCAUCAUUUGAUUAUUGUCUGGGGUCAAGACAUUGUCUGGAAUCUGGGUGUGCAUAUACUGUGAAGUAGUGCUUGGGAUGAUAGCUGUACUAGUUUUGCCACACAUUGGGUAGUUACGUUCAGCCUGGAAGUGUACUGUAUGGUAUACCAGCCAAAACAAAAAAGAAAACAAGAAAACCUUGUGGCUUUUGAAGCAAAUGUUUGUUUGCGCUGUCUGAAUUGUGCAAUUUACUCAAAAUUUACCAUCUUGCAAUUUUUAUUUUGUGGGUUCCGUAGUUGUAGCCAACCAUUCGCUAACCGAUUCAAAAACUAUUUGAUCCUUUGAAAGGUGUGUUUGUCAUAUUGCACAAUUAAUACCUCGUUUGGGGGAUGGUUAAGCACUCCCUGCUUGUAAAUCUACCCUGAUCUGCAUGGCAUGUAUACAGCUUGAAGCAUUGGUAAUAAUGUUCAUUACAAUAUUAACAACUAGCUUGUAGUUCAUGUCUGAUCCUCUGUACAUUAAAAACUUUUAACGUGAACUAUGAGGUAAAAACUAUAGGAUCUAUGUACAUUUUUAAGUGACCUUUAUUAUUGAUAUAUGAUAUAGUUUGGGCUUGUUGCUUUUUUGUUUAUAUUUUGUUGGUUUAUAUAUUGUGUUGGAGGCUGGUCUAUGCCUCACUUGGAAACGUGUUUUGAUGGCUUGUACGUACGUUAACAGUGUAACCAUCAUGGAUUUUUCAAUCCCCAAAACUUUAUGAUCAACUGAUCAAUCUCUGUAAUGUAUGAUUGUAUGGCUAUGCAUAGCUGAGAUGUGUAUGUAUGUAUGUCUACAAAGGGUCAAGAAAAACUUAUAAGAAUUAAAAAAAAAAGUGUUGUCCGCCUGCCCAAGGAUGCUGUAGGCUUGUGGGUGUUAAUUCAAAUUGAACAAGAAAGAGUUCUAUAUGGUUAAAGACUUUAUAGCUCUCCCUGUAAACAAAAAAAAUUUACCUAGCAACUGUUAAGCUCUUUUAAUUACGCAUGGCUAAUGUUACAGUGAAAUUCAUAAGUAGUUGUUGUGGAGCAAUGUAUGUUCUUUUCUUUUUUAUUUUUAGUCACAAAGUAGUGGCUAGAAUGACAAGUAAGUAAAAAGAAACUAGUUGGUAGUGGAGUUGCUUCUUCAGACCGUUUCAGGGGUUUGGCAGAGUGAAUGGAUAUUUUGGCUUCUUGUGGUAAAUGGUAUUGCAGACAGUGGAGCAUUUCCUGUAUUAGGUGUGGACUAGUUAAUUGUAUGAAAUACCUUCUGUGUAUUUUUGCUUUCCUCUGUUGUUUUUCCUCUCUUUUGACAAAGCUGUACAGUUUGAAUUAUUGUUAUUAUAUCUUAAGAUUUAAGACAAGUUGGGAAAAACAUUAACUGUAUUGGAAGACACGAAAAUUGUUGAAUGUUGUAACUCGUAGAAAAGCGAUGAUGCACUAAAAAGGGAAAAAAAUGUUUCUUUUUAAUAUUUUUAUAUUGCAAUGUUGGGGAUUGAAUUUAGUGACAGAAGUGUUUGGGCUGCUUGUGGUAACGGUAGCCCAUGUACCUACCUAUAAGCUACUUGUUUCAACAUUCGAUAGGCCUUCCUUGUUAUUUCUCUCUCUAGAUGUAACAAACUUAUAUCAUGUAAACUUUUUGAAAAUUGUACAUGUUAAAUGAUAUAGUAUGGGGGUAGGUUCUCACUGCCUCUUUGAUAGCACAGCAUGUCUCAUCAGGGGAAAAAGGAAGGAAAGAAACACAAAAGUUCUAUUCCUGUGUACUUCUCUAAAUGGAUUUGAGAAUAAAUGGAGAUGGAACCUGUGGGAUUUCUUCAAGAACCAUAAGGAAGAUUAAUAUUGUAAUUGGUCAAAUUUGGGGCUUUAUUUAUCCUGUGAUAAGGAGUCAACAACUGUGAAGUCAUAACAGCCUUUUUAUGGUGUCAAUUUAAACCCAGAAUGGAUGAGAAACACUGUCCUUUGCUUCAAGUUCCCCGUGACCUACCAUGAUAUAGUUCAUAUGAUUAAGGUCACUUUUUUCCUUAGUUGUGAGUAGGUUAGGUUUAGAUUGGAUGUAAUCUGUAGUACUGACUGGUUUGCAUAAAGUUUCUCAUUGUAACUUAUCUCAAAGUGGCAUGUUGGUGUCCAAGUGUUGAAAACAUUUUAAGCACGCACAGAUAAGCUUUUUGGGAGUCUGAAUAAGAAUAAUGUGGGACCUUUGCAAGUUCCAAGUUGAAUACACAUUAAUGAAAGAUGUAUUGAGUGUAUUGAGUGAAAUUUCCUCUUAUACUGAAGUGAAUGAUCAAAAAGUAAGAAGUUGUCCAAAGAAAUCACCCUUGUUGGUUGGAGAUUUUUUCACAAGAUCCUCCAGAGUCAUUCAUAAAGCUUCAUCUCAAGAAGCAUUUUGGAACUUUUUAAAUCCAUUUUCAGAAGACAAGUGCACUUUUCUUCACUUUUCCCUGGAGACAUUCUGUGUUUAUUGUACUUAGGUUGCACUUGGGGUGUUCGUAAAAUAAAAAGAUUGAGUGCUUUGUCAAUUACAGAUUUUUUCCGUGUCACAUUUUAUGCACAGAGUGUUGAAGCCACGAUUCUUUUAACAAAAUGUUUAAGAAAAUUGGAAUGAAUGAUUCCCAUUGGUUGGUUUAUCAUAUGUACAGAAACAAAAUUCAUCAACUAGACAUUUUUGACAUGAUCUUAAUCUAUGGAUCCAAUUGAUUCAACACCCUUAUAUCAUCCCUUCUUCCCUCCACCUCUUUUACACUUUCCUUUUCAGCAGUUUAUUCAAUAAUUUAGUUCAGAAGUUUAAGUUUACAUGUGUCACAAAAGCUGUUUAAGUUAACCACACUUUUUAGAUAUGUAUUGAAGCAAACUUGGUCCGUUUAUGUAGACCAGAUGGUGGCUUUCUUUUUUCCUUCAGCACUGCAACAUUACUUGAUUGUUAUUCUGGGUUGGACUUUCCAUACUUGUGAUGGAAAAACGUCAGUAUACAUAUGUUGUACAGAAAAACCAACUAAAGUGAAACUUACAGACAUGAAACCAACUAAAAAGUCAGUGUGGGGAUAAUAAACAAGGGAAGAGGUCAGAUUGGGGAUAAUAAACAAGAGAAGAGGUCAGAGUGGGGAUAAUAAACGAGAAGAGGUCAGAGUGGGGAUAAUAAUUCACGUUCUAAUGAGUUGUUCCAUUUUCUAGUUAGAGUUGGGCUUUUAAGCAGGGUCUGUGAUUUGCUUCUUCAAGAAUCUCAGCAUUUUAUAAGUACAUGUAAUGUCAGAAAGAUGGGAGAUCACAGGAUUUAUGGUACUAGGGCAGUAAGAAUUUCCAGUAAGGAAUGAUUUUGUGUCGGGUUAUAGUAUCGGACUGCCUAGACCGUUGGCUGGUCUUGCAUUUUUCCCUUGAUUUACAGCCUGCAUUUCCUGUAGAGAAAUUCACAAAUACACUUGCCACAACCAAGUGUGAAAUAAAUGUCCUACAUUGAAUCAACUUGUAGGUCCAGGCCACUUUAUUCUUUUCAUUUACAGCAAAUUUAUGCUAUGAAUGAAAGUUUGAAAUCACAUCAGUUGUCUUAGCAUUAGACCAGGCACAGUAGACUCUUGAUUGUUUUGUGUUCAUGAUUUGGAUUUUUUUGGUGAUUUUUGAAAGGUUCAAGGGAAGAAGGAUGAGAGUUUUCUUUUCAUUGUAAGAUCGUUACUCAUGUGUCGUACUACUACUCAAUUUGAACCAUUUCAGUGUAACGGAUGAAAUAAAGUGACUUUUCAAUGGGAAA